GGUUAGCGUGUGGCUUUGCAGCUGAUAUACUGCAGACUUGCUCUCAGUGGAAGUUGUCUCAUAAUUUCGAAAAGUUGGAAAAGUUUUCUGUUGUAAAAAAUGGCAAUGCGUGCUAACAUCUUCAAUGAAAAUUUUCUUAAUGAAGCAGAUCAGGACGCAAACACUGUUCUAAUUGAAUUGGAUAAAGGUAGCAUAGGUCUGAGGUCCGCUAAAAUUGGAGAACAAUGUGAGGCUAUCAUUCGAUUUCCUAAGCUUUUUGAAAAGUAUCCUUUCCCAAUUUUGAUAAACUCUUCUUUCCUGAAAUUGGCCGAAUUGUUUCGUAUCGGAUCAAAUCUAUCCCGGCUUUGGAUUCUAAGAGUUUGUCAACAAAGUGAGAAACACCUGGAGAAAAUAGUUAACGUGGAGGAAUUUGUGAAACGUAUUUUUAUGGUCAUCCAUUCUAACGAUCCUGUAGCUCGAGCACUUACGUUGAGAACCAUUGGUGCAGUAGCGUGCGUGAUACCGGAAAAGGAGCAGGUUCAUCAUGCCAUUCGUAACGCGUUGGACAGCUCCCGGAUUGAAAUAGAAGCCGCCAUCUUUGCGAGUGUGAACUUUGCUGCACAAUCUAAAACUGUAUCAAACAGUCUCCAAACAGGACAAUGAAAGUGUUGGUGGUGUUUGAUUUUUAGAGAAUGUCAAAAUCGCCAUUAUCAAUACUAAGACCUGGAAAAAAGAACAAACUUGCGGCCGAGUACAACCUCUGAGUGAAAGCGAUGAAGGUGAACGAACUACUAACGGAGCAGCACACGAAUUCUACCGGAUUGGCCAUCAUCAAGCGAAAUUUGGAAAAUUGUGACUGCAGUGAUAGUGAAUAUUUGGAAAACAAAGUGCCAGGCCAGUGAAAACUAAUAGAUAUCAAUAAAAAUCAGCAAAACAACAAAUAAAAUGAAUUUUUAUUUCGAAAAUAACCUAAAAAUUCCGAAAUGACAGCACACGACAAUAGCACGACAUCCUAAAUAACAAAACCGUGCGACGUCGGUCGAAUGUCGUACGACAAUGUCGAACAAUUUCGAUGAUCGAUCGCACGACAAAUACGACAUUUUGGUGCAAAAACGUAUGACAUUCGUGCGAAUGUCGCACGACAUUGGCGUGCGACGUCGUACGA